CUGCCACCGAUGGGGGGGAUGUGUGUCUGUCACUGAGCUGGGGGGAUGUGUGAGCCCCUCACGGAUCUGCCCCUGGCCUGGCUGUGAGGUCCCAGGCUUUCUAGAGAGGCUGGUUCAAGGCACAGAUGCGGCCUCCACCGCGAGGACACAGGCGACCGGCUGAGGAGUGGCCCCUCUUCCCAGGAAUGCCCAGUCCCUCUGAACCCCCUGGGAAAAGGCCAUCCAAAAACAGCUCUCCGGCCCUCCCCGAGUCCCCGGGACCCGCACCAGGCCCCUGGGCGACCCGCGCCCUAUCAGGGGGAGCCCCAGUCGGGGGACCUGGGACUCCGCGCCUGCCAAGCCUCCCCGCGGCACUGCAAUGAGGUCACCGCCGCCGACCCCGCCCGGCGCGGCCAAUGGCGCGCCCACUUGCACGCGGGCGGGGGCGGCUGCGGGCGGAGGGAAGGCGGCCGUGUCCAGGGACAAUGAGCAGGGUGUCCAGGCUGCGCGUCCCGGGACCCCUGGGCCGAAGGGUGCCGUCAGGCCGGUCCAAGGGUCUGGGAGGCGCCUCUCCUUGCCACCGCGCCUCCCUCACCCGACCGGCGUCCGUCUCCCGCAGAAGGGCCUGCGAAGGAGCUGGGCCGGGCGGUGGGUGCGGCCUCCCGGAACCUCCCGGCGCCUGCGGCUGGGCCUCCGGGACUGGGGCGCGCAGGGCCUUCGGCCUCCUCGUUCCCCUCGUUCCCCUCGUUCCCCUCGCCCCGCUCGGCCGGGCUGCCGUGACGUCGCACUCACCUACCACUCGUCGGAGUCCGGGACCGCGCGGCGGCGGCUGCGGCUGCGGGGGCGGCGGCUCCCAGCGCUGAGAAUGCGCGGCCCGGCGCCUCCGAGGGGGACGCCCCACCCCGCCCAGGCCCCGCCCCGGCCCCGCCCCGUCCUCAAGCCCCGCCCGGGGCGCAGGAGCUCGACAGGUCUGAACCCGCGUGGCGGGCGGGAGCCGGUGGGUGUAGGCGCUGGGGGUCGACCCGACUCUGCGGAGGCCGGGCGAGCUGCAGCCCUGGGGGUGCCAACAGCCCAUCAAGGGCUCAUCCGGUCCAGGUACAGAGGAGCUGCGCGGGAGGCGGGCCCGGAGGCUAGGAGCUGGGCAGCAGUUCCCAGGACUCCUGAAGUUAUGUGCUGUAAAUGCUGCUCCUUCAUGGCAGCCGAUAGUGCGAGCCGAGGCCAGCCCAGCACACAGAGACCCAUCCACUCCUGACCACAGGCACCAGAGCCCAGAAGCACCCUCACCAUGAAGUGUGCAAACGCGGUGGGCCUCAGCGGGGAGCCAGGCCACAGGGCACCGUGUGCAAGGAGAGGGCAGAAGAGCCCCUUCGCGCCCAGCCCUGACCUCAGCGGGGCUCCUCCUCCGGGCCCUUGGAAAGGACCAGGUCACGGUUCCCAGACGCCUCUCAGAGGCCACCCCCAUGCCAGGCCCCCUGAUAGCAGCUUGGAAUUGCAGAGGCCCAGGACACUGUGACCGACCGCUGGCACCGGGUGUAAUAUCCAGGGCCACGGGGUGACUUAGGUCCCUCCUUGGAUUCUCACGGUCCCGCCCACGAGUUACUUUCUCUGUCCAAUUAAGCAGCUUCUGCUGCACCUGCCCGUCCCCCAACCUUCGCGCCCGAGAGGCGGGCCCCGGGCA